CUCGACCAAAAAAGAAACAAAUAUGAUAUUUAAAGAAAUCUCGAAAUUAUUUGAAUUCCCCCUUCAAUCCGAAUGAAUGAAUAAUGGUACUGCAUUUACAUCGAUUAAAUUAUGAGAUCACGACAACAACAAAAUCCUUUGAAAUCAUGUUGUAGUGUUGUCGUCAAUAAAUUCAUCAAAAUUAUGUACCUCUGUAAAAGUCACCAUUUAUGGGCAAAAAGAAGAAAACAGAGCUACGCAGACGGAAUAAUCUCUCUCCUCUCUCUCUCUCUCUCUCUCUCUCUACACCCCCAAUGCUACAUGAGUUUCAGAACAGCAGGUGCAAUUUCUUGAGGUCGAAGCCACAAUCCCAUUAAUAGCCCAUCGAGAAAUCUGGGUCCACAAAAUGAGUAGUAAAGAAUCAGUGGAUUUAGGUGGCGGCAGCAGAAGAAGAGGCAGCGCCCCCAAAGCAGGCUCUGUUUGGGAGAGCAGGAUGAAGCUCGAUCAAGUCAAAGGCGGCAUCAAAGUUUUCAAGGCCGCUGAUGAAAAUUCAGAUCAAAACACUCAAAAUAGCGCUGCUGCUGCUUCUGCUGUUGCUGUUGCAGUUGCGGUUGCAGAGACGAGCGCCGAGAUUGAUAUCUGCAGAAAUGAGAAGCCCAAACAGAGCCCUAACGGGUUGAGCGGGAAGAGAAAAACUUGGAAAUCCGAGGGUUCCGAUGGGAGUCCGGUUAAGAUUGCGGCUCUGAGAUCUGAAUUGAGCAGGAAUUUGGAUGAGCAGAUCAACGAAUUGAGCGACGGGGUGAAGAAAACCCCCGUUUCGAUCAGGAAAUCGAGUUUGAGAAAGCUGAAUUCCAGCUCCGUUGAGGCGUUGGCAAGAGCAUCUGUUGUUGAUGAGAAGAAAAUCGAGAAAUCUGAUGGCGAUGAUGAGAGGGAGAGGAAGUCGAGAUCUGAUGAGAAUUGUGAGGAAGUUGGCGUCUGUGAAGAGAUCAAGGCUGCUGUUACGAGCAGUGUGCCCCAAAUCAAUGGUGGAGACGAAUCGGAUUUCGAUGGAGAUGAGGAAAUUGAGGUUGAAAAGAGCAUUGAUGUUGAAGAGAUUGCUGUCGGUGAUCACACGCAGAAGAGAAUUGUGAUUGAAGAGAAGAAAUCGAUUCAGAGAAAUCAAAAACCAGUGCAUAUUUCAUCGAUUUCCAGAAAGCAGCCGCCUCCUGCUGUAAAUCAUGCCAGAUUUCAUCCAACCCCAACAAAUAUCAACACUAAUUCAGAAUAUUUUCCAAGAACAAGCAGCAAACUACAAAGUUUUGUAAACCUAGUAAUGUGGAGAGACGUAUCAAAAUCAGCAUUUGUUUUUGGGAUUGGAGCAUUUGCUAUCAUAUCAUCUUCAUACACAAAUGGCCUCAACAUCAGCUUCAUCUCUGUGCUUUCCUACUUGGGACUUGUCUACCUUGCUGCAAUUUUCCUUUUUAGAUCCCUUAUUAGCAGAGGAUCAGCAAGUGCAAAUCAAGAUUGUGUUAUUGGUGAAGAAGAAGCAGUUUGGGUGAUGAAAUUGCUUCUGCCAUUUAUGAAUGAGUUUCUUCUCAAAUUGAGAGCCCUUUUCUCGGGCGACCCUUCCACCACUAUGAAGUUGGCAGUGCUGCUGUUCAUUUUGGCAAGGUGUGGAAGCUCCAUUACUAUUUGGACAACGGCCAAAAUAGGAUUUAUUGGAGUAUUUACCGUGCCUAAAAUCUGCUCAGCGUACUCCUCUCAGAUUACUGCAUACGGUAUAUUUUGGAUAAGACGAUUUGGAGAUGCAUGGGCGUCGUGUUCACACAAGAAAGCAGUAGGAUUUGCCGUAUUCGCUCUUGUUUGGAAUUUAUCAUCCCUUGUUGUCCGAAUUUGGGCGGUGUUCAUGUUAUUUGUGGCGUUCAAGCGCUAUCAGCAGUCGUUGAUCAAAGAGGGGUGGGCCCAAGAGGAAGCCAUCAACGGUCAAGAUUCUACUUGCCAAGGCCCAAGACUAGGUCGAAGAGCUACGAUACAAAAUACUGGGAAACUAAAGAAGGGGUGUUGAGAUUAUUCGAGUGAUUUUUUUUAGGAAUAAGUUAUAGGCAUUGCGUUUCAUUUUAUUUGUUUUUCUAUAUAAUCAAAAACAAUAAUUUCAUGAAAAUAAAGAUAAAUUAAAAUACAAAGUAAA